CGGUCGGUGAGAAAACAAGAGCGCAACUGUGUCAGUCAUUUACACUCAAACAAUUGAACAACAUGUGGGGACAGUUGAUCAUUGCUCUAGCCUGUGCUUUGGAGAUUUUAGCGCAAGACUGUGUGAUCCCAUCCGAUUCGCAGUUUAGCAGGGCUACUUACCGGCCGUAUCACGAUGGAACUGCUUCCGGAAAGACCCACUACAACGCCGGAGAGCGGAUAAUUGUCGACAAGUGGAUCCGGGUGGUAUGUAACAAGGACCGACAAGGAGAUGGUGUUUUAAAUGUCAGCAAACAUUUGUGCAGCGCCGGAGAUUGGAUUCCAACACUUCCGGUUUGCCAAGCCCUUUGCAAUUAUGAAUGUCAGAACGGAGGAAAGUGUGUAUCACCUGACGUGUGUGAGUGCCCCGAUGGAUAUAAUGGACUACGUUGUGAAAACGUCCAGUGCAUUUUUGAAUGUCAGAACGGAGGAAAGUGUGUAUCACCUGACGUGUGUGAGUGCCACGAGGGAUAUAAUGGACUACGUUGUGAAAACGCCCUGUGCAGUCCUGGAUGUCAGAACGGUGGAACGUGUGUAUCACCUGACACCUGUCGUUGCCUUGAUGGAUUUGAUGGACUACAUUGUGAAAAUGAUAUCGACGAAUGCAGUAAAAGUGAUCUGAACGACUGCCACCACUUUUCCAACUGCACGAACACUCAGGGAAACUACACGUGCAACUGUAUCGAUGGUUAUGUUGACCUAGAUGAUAACAGAGGUCGAAGGUGUGAAGCCCUGUGUAAUUAUGAAUGUCAGAACGGAGGAAAGUGUGUAUCACCUGACGUGUGUGAGUGCCCCGAGGGAUAUAAUGGACUACGUUGUGAAAACGUUGGCUGCAAGAUACCGGCAAAAAUGCAACAUGGUAUGACUCUUUUCGACGAAGAACGACGAACCAUCUCCGCGGCUAACCGCUAUAAAAUACAACACGGUCGAUUUCUGACCUUUACAUGUAAAAAAUCUGGUGUGUUUUACUUCGAGCCAAACAGACGAAGGUUCGACUGUGUCAACGGAUCAUGGGUUGCUGAAACACGCCAAAACGGGGAUACGUGGGAUUUGGGAAACAACGGGUCAUUCCCCGAAUGCCGGAAAGUUGAAUGUCCAGCAGAUUACUGCAAGUUUGGUGGUCACUGCAUCCGAGAUCAUCAAUGUCGAUGUCCGGAACAAACGAGCGGGAAACAGUGUGAAACACCCCUGUGCAGUCCUGGAUGUCAGAACGGAGGAAUGUGUGAAUCACCUGGCACCUGCCUUUGCCUUGAUGGAUUUGAUGGACAACAUUGUGAAAACGAAACAAAAAACUGUACUUUGGAGGCUGGACAAAAUGUGAACUACUGGCACAUGUCGACCAACACGACGCUGUCUGAGGGAGGCAAGGUGGUCCAUGGUACAAGAAUUCGUGUAAAGUGUCAAAAUACUGGUUUCGACUAUUCGGACUAUUAUAAUAGCGACGAAUCCCCAGCUAACAUGGAGUGCGUCAAUGGCGUAUUCACAGAUCAUGGGUUGAACUGCGAAUCAGUAACAAAGUCGACUCCUGAUUCGUCACCUAGCACUAAAAAUUGUACAACGAUCGAAAAUGGAAAAAUAACAGAUCGUGGUAAAUCGUUCACAUGCAACGCCGACUACCAGCCUUCGUUCAAGAACGGAAUGGAUGCUAUUCUGUAUGCGAGAUACUCAUGCACGUGUAAUAAAAGAACCGGUAAUGUUCAGUGCAUGGGAACAGAGGUAGAAUGCAAGCCAAUUGGCUGCAAGAUACCGGCAAAUGUGCAACAAGGAAUGACGCUUUUUGACCCUAAAGAACGACGAACAAUCUCUGCGGCAAACCGCUAUGAAAUUCAGCACGGUCAAUUUCUGACCUUUACUUGUGAACCAUCUGAUGUGUUUUACUUCGAGCCACACAGAAGAAUAUUCGAGUGUGUCAAAGGGUUAUGGGUUUCUAAAACACGCCCUCAAGUGGAUACGUGGGAUUUUGGAAACAAUGGGGCAUUCCCCGAAUGCCGGAAAGUUGUAUGUCCAGCAGAUUAUUGCAAGUUUGGUGGCCACUGCAUCCGCGAUCAUGAAUGCCAAUGUCCGGAACAAACGAGCGGGAAACAGUGUGAAACACCCCUGUGCAGUCCUGGAUGUCAGAACGGUGGAACGUGUGAAUCACCUCACACCUGUCGUUGCCUUGAUGGAUUUGAUGGACUACAUUGUGAAAACGAUAUCGACGAAUGCAGUAAAAGCGAUUUAAACGACUGCCACCGCUUCUCCAACUGCACGAAUAACUGGGGUGAUUACACGUGCACGUGUUUUGAGGGUUAUGUUGACCUAGAUGGUAACAGAGGUCGAAGGUGUGAAGAGACUUGUGGUGCCUUGCUUGCACCGAUCAAUGGGAAUGUUGCGUCUGGAAAUAACAAUCCAAGAUUCACGUGCGAUGCUCCUCAUUGUCUUGACGAAAAAAAGAUCCGUGUGUGUAGCAAAGGCCCCUUGGAAAACACAACCAAUGUUUGCCUUAAAGGAUUGAGAGAGUGUUCGGAUGAUAAAUAUUUGAUCAAUAAUGACUCGACUUUGUCCGUUUCAACGCAAUGGGAACCGACUGAACCUAGUUGGUUUGGGGCUGAUCAGGGGCGCCUUAAUUCCACAGAAACGGGAAAAAAAGAGGAAAAAUCAUUCAGAGCAGGGGUAUGGGCGGCAGGUGUUGAUAACACGGAUCAGUACAUCCAGGUAAACUUCACAGCUCCGAAAAUAAUCACCGGCAUUGCAACGCGUGGCAGACCCAAAACCCCGCAUCAGAGUCCCCAAUGGGUGACGCAGUACCGCUUCAUGUACAGCACAGACUGUGUGACCUUCAACAAUUACAUGCACACAGAUGGUUCAGACAUGAUAUUUUCUGCAAAUGUGGACGGAGACAGGAUUGAACCAAAUUUACUGCCUUGCCCUGUACUAGCCCUGUGUGCCAGAGUAAAUCCGACAAAAUGGCAUGAUUGGAUCUCCAUGGCAUUUGAAAUCAUGGGUUGCGACUGAUCUUCAUUCACGGAUUUGUAAAUGUUUGGCAAAUUCAGAGACAAUGACAAACAACUAAUUUUCCAGCAUCAAUCCGAAAAUAAAGGAACACUCCACAUAUGUAAUUAUAUAUCCAUGUAUUGAUUGAUUUGAAAAGUGUACAUAUUACUAUAUUAUUAAUCAGCUAUGCUUUUGCUUUGGAUUCAACUGAAAAAGUUAUUUAAAAGUAUUUACGUAAAGAAUCAUAAGUAAUGCAGAUAUUGCAUUUGUGAUUUGGAUAACACGUUCAACUAGCGAGAUAUUAAUCAAUUACAACUAUUUUUUGAGAGAUGUUGGACCUGUUCACAGUUAUAGAUUAAUUGGAACUGAACACGAACAAAAUAAUGCGAAACGGUCCAUAAUUCUAGUUGAUUAUGUUCUCCACAAUCAGCGGAACGCUUUUUCACGGGAGGCGUGCGACUGACUUGGAUCGCUUAUGUUGGUUAUGGGAGACAUCAACAUUUUUUCUAAUAAUUGUUAAAGCACUGUAUACUUAACAUGAGCCUUAACUAUAUGAUGCUAUAUUCUUCAAUCUUUUUGUAAAAAGAAGGUAUGUAGUUGA